GGUUGCCUGUAUGUGGUGACGUUUCACACAGAGCGGAAGUUGUGAGCUUGUUUUUUGGAUCUCACCGGUCCCUUCGUUACGCUGGGGGUGUAUUCGGUGUCUGAUUCCCUGGGACUCCUCCAAUAACAGGAAAGAAGAGCCAGCAGCGAGGCAGCUCCCUAGAGACCGUGGGAAGGCCAUAGGAUCCCCCAGCUGGGGGCUGAUUUCACAAGCGGUUGGGUAAAACUAUAGGCGUUCAAGAUGGUUUUGGCAGAUUUAGGAAGAAAAAUCACAUCAGCACUGCGCUCAUUGAGCAAUGCUACAAUCAUUAAUGAAGAGGUUCUCGGUGCUAUGCUGAAAGAAGUCUGUGCGGCUCUACUAGAAGCUGAUGUGAACAUAAAACUUGUAAAGCAGCUAAGAGAAAAUGUCAAGUCUGCUAUUGAUCUGGAAGAAAUGGCAUCUGGCUUGAAUAAGCGCAAGAUGAUCCAGCAUGCUGUCUUCAAAGAACUUGUCAAGCUAGUUGAUCCUGGGGUUAAAGCAUGGACUCCAACUAAAGGAAAACCAAAUGUCAUAAUGUUUGUGGGUUUACAAGGAAGUGGAAAAACAACCACAUGUUCAAAGUUGGCAUAUUACUAUCAGAGGAAAGGUUGGAAGACAUGUUUGAUAUGUGCGGACACAUUCAGAGCAGGAGCCUUUGAUCAGCUGAAACAGAAUGCAACUAAAGCUAGAAUCCCCUUCUACGGAAGUUACACAGAAAUGGAUCCUGUCAAUAUUGCAUAUGAAGGUGUGGAGAAAUUUAAAAAUGAGAAUUUUGAGAUUAUCAUUGUGGACACAAGUGGGCGACACAAACAAGAAGAUUCUCUGUUUGAAGAAAUGUUACAAGUUUCCAAUGCUGUGCAACCUGACAACAUUGUGUAUGUUAUGGAUGCCUCCAUUGGACAGGCCUGUGAGUCUCAAGCCAAAGCCUUCAAAGACAAAGUAGAUGUGGCUUCCGUUAUCGUAACCAAGCUAGACGGUCAUGCUAAAGGAGGUGGAGCACUCAGUGCUGUUGCUGCCACAAAGAGUCCAAUCAUUUUCAUUGGAACUGGAGAGCACAUAGAUGAUUUUGAACCUUUCAAAACACAGCCUUUCAUUAGCAAACUCCUUGGUAUGGGUGACAUUGAGGGUCUGAUAGACAAAGUAAAUGAAUUAAAGCUGGACGACAAUGAAGCCCUCAUAGAGAAACUGAAACAUGGUCAGUUCACACUGCGAGAUAUGUAUGAACAGUUUCAAAACAUCAUGAAAAUGGGUCCAUUUAGCCAGAUCUUGGGAAUGAUUCCUGGAUUUGGGCAGGAUUUUAUGAGCAAAGGGAACGAGCAGGAAUCCAUGGCUCGACUGAAGAAACUCAUGACCAUAAUGGACAGUAUGAAUGACCAAGAACUUGAUAACACGGAUGGAGCCAAACUUUUCAGCAAACAGCCUGGAAGAAUACAGCGAGUAGCCAGAGGAUCUGGGGUAUCUACACGAGACGUUCAGGAACUGCUGGCACAGUACACAAAGUUUGCUCAGAUGGUUAAAAAGAUGGGAGGAAUCAAGGGACUCUUCAAAGGAGGUGAUAUGUCGAAAAAUGUAAAUCCAUCACAAAUGGCCAAACUGAACCAGCAAAUGGCUAAAAUGAUGGACCCCAGAGUAUUGCAGCACAUGGUUUGUGACUUUUUAGGUGAGAAGAUAGCAUCAGUUCUGGGCGUUAGUACACCUAAAUACCAGUAUGCCAUUGAUGAAUAUUACCGGAUGCAAAAAGAGGUGGAAGAGGAGGAGGUAGAGAAUGAAAUGUCUGAAAAGGCCGAGCAGCAGUUCCAGGAGCAGCGAAUUCAUAAGCAAGACGACGGUGAUGCUCAGACGCAGCAGCCAGAGGCAUCCAGCUCGUUUGUAAACAUUAGUUUUGUGAUGGAAGGAGAGGACGCGGUUAGUACAUCAAAGAAACAGGAACUGGCAGCUGUCCCUACCUAGGAAACAUUGCCUUAAACGCUGAGAUUGAAUAAAAUACCGCUCCUGCCAAAUUUUGCAUGGUGCCUUCCUAAACGACAAGCGCACCUGAGGUACAGGUGCUGUUAAGAAUGAUAAAUCUGAAUAUAACAGAACCAACUGGGUUCUAGAACUCUUAAAGGGCGAUAUAUUUCGCAAUCCCCUUGUAUAGCACUUGUUAUUGUCACCUGCUUUGAGUUCUCAAAACAUGUCUCUUGGUUAUAGUGCCUUGAGCCUUCUGGUGCCAAACUUUCAUUCAGUGGUACACCAUUUUUAACUUUUAACACUAAACGAGGGUCCCUGGCCCCUGCUGGAGAUUGCACAUUUCCUUCUAGCCAUACGAGCAAUGAGGACUGUGAUAGGCUGGAAGCAGUCAGCUAAAACUCUCAGCCAAUCACCGUCGCCCAUUGCUGCUCAGACUUUCGGUGCCUGGAGCCUGUCGUUUAGUAAUAAACCAUUCAAAAUGUUUUAGCACUGAAUACAAGGUCUGUGCCAGGGGGCUCAAUAAACUAUAACCACUUUGAGAUGAAGCAAGUCUAGUGCCUAGACAGCCCCGUUAAUUUGGUUAAAACAGGUUGUUUGUUUUUCUUUGUGUAUGUGUAAACCAUUUUAAUAUACCAACAGACUGUUGAUAAAUGGAACAGUAAGAAUUUAUCUUAAUUAAGCAAGAAAUAUUCAAACUUUUAGCAGUUCCAGAAAUGACACAGAUGUUUUUUUUUUUCUUUUCUGUAUAUACCAUAUAUGACACUAUUAAAUUAUUACAUUCUAAAGAA